AUGCCGGCAGACGCUGUAACCGGCGUGCGAGCUGCGCUAGACCGAGUCGCUGUGCGUAUUCCACCGUUUUGGCCCGCAGACCCGGAGAUGUGGUUCACACAAGUCGAGAGCCAGUUCGCGUUAGCGGGGGUGGUGGGAGACGAAACAAAAUUUAGCUACGUCGCAGGCAAUAUAGACACGAAAUACGCCGCGGAAGUGUGGGACAUUCUUACGCGGCCGCCCGCGAGCGGCAAGUAUGAAAAAUUAAAAACGGAACUAAUACGUCGUCUCAGCGCGUCGCAGGAACAGAAGACGCGGCGAUUACUCGAGCACGAGGAGAUGGGUGACCGCAAGCCCUCGCAAUUUCUACGGCAUCGUCAGGCGCUAGCAGGCGUCGUUGUACCGGAGAGCCUCGUGCGCUCGCUGUGGCUCGGCAGACUACCCUCGUCGAUGCAGGCUAUCCUCGCUACGCAAACGACCGCGAACCUCGAUACGGUUGCCGAGUUAGGCAAUGCCAUCGCCGACGCAACUCCGCGCCACCAGGUCGCUGAGUACGCGGGGAGUGCGGGUAGUCUCGAAGCCUUGGUCGAGCAAGUAACGGCAAGCCUGGCUAACGCCGUGGCCAUGCAGAAACAGCACCAGCAGGACAUCGCGGUAAUCCAGCGGAAGGUGAACGACUAG